AUGAAUCUCAUAUCCCCGUCAACGCUGUUCCUACAUCUUCUGACGCUCCUUGGGCUAGGGGCGCUCGUCUCUGGUCUGGGGUCGCAAUGCUCUGCACCCGUCACCAGUGGAACUGCUGCUCCUAGUGCGCCGUUCUGGAUGGAGCAGAUCCAACACCAAGGCAGCGCCCCGUUCAAUAGCAACCCCGGCGGGUACCAAGUCUUCCGCAAUGUUAAGGACUUCGGCGCCAAGGGCGACGGCGUUACGGAUGAUACCGUGGCUAUAAAUAACGCCAUUGCCUCCGGAAACCGUUGCGGCAAUGGCUGUGGUCAAUCCACAACUUCUCCUGCGGUCGUAUACUUCCCUCAAGGAACAUACCUCGUCUCGGCACCCAUUGUCUCCUACUUCUACACACAGCUGAUCGGAGAUGCCAAACAUAUACCCUCCCUCGUCGCGAGCCCUAACUUCCAGGGUAUCGCAGUAAUCGACGCGGAUCCGGGCUGGUACGUCAACCAGAACAACUUCUACCACUCUAUUCGGAACUUCCAUAUCGAUGUCUCGCGGAUGCCCACUGGCGCCUCGGCGACUGGGAUCCAUUGGCAAGUAUCGCAGGCGACUUCCCUCAUCAACAUCGUCUUCCAAAUGUCCACUGCGGCCGGCAAUGCCCACCAAGGUAUCUGGAUGGAGAACGGAAGUGGUGGCUUUAUGGGCGACCUUGUCUUCAAUGGCGGCAAGUUUGGUAUGUGGGUCGGCAACCAACAGUUCACUGUUCGCAACAUCACAGUCAACAACGCCAACACUGCUGUCUACGGGUUGUGGAACUGGGGAUGGACCUUCCAAGGCGUCACGAUCAACAACUGUCAGGUCGGGUUCGAUCUCGCCACAGGGGGCACCACCCAGGACAGCCAGGGCGUCCAGGGCGAGGCAAUCAUCGACGCCGUUGUAACUAACACCCCCGUCUUCGUACGGAGCUCUCAAGCGAGCAACGGUGCCCUGCGUGGGUCUCUUGUGCUCAAUAACAUCAAGCUCAACAAUGUCCCGAUCGCGGUCGGCGUCGUGGGCGGCGCUGUAGUGCUCAAUGGAGGGACCACCGCGAUCAACUCGUGGGCGCAGGGGAACGUGUACACGGGCACGAACGCGAACGGCCGCUUCAUCCAGUCGAACAUCGCCGCGAUCAACAAGGCUGGCAGCCUGCUCGACUCCUCGGGUAGGAUUUUCGGGAAGACGCACCCGCAGUACGCGAAUUAUGCGCCUGGCCAGUUCAUCAGCGUCAAGUCGCAGGGCGCGAAGGGCGAUGGGCAGACGGACGACACCGCUGCCAUCCAGGCCGUGUUUGACAAGUUUGCGGGCUGCAGGGUCAUUUUCUUUGACGCGGGUGUCUACGUCGUGACGAACACGAUCACCAUUCCUGCGGGUAGCCAGGUCGUUGGCGAGGCAUGGUCGACCAUACUCGGGACUGGCAAUGCCUUCUUCGACUACAACAAUCCGAAGCCCGUUAUUCGAGCUGGCGCCAGUGGCUCGCAAGGCGUGCUUGAGAUAUCCGACAUGAUCUUCUCCACGCGUGGACCCACCGCCGGCGCCAUCGUGCUGGAAUGGAACGUGCAUGAUCCCGCAGGCCAGCAAGGCGCCGCGGGCACUUGGGACACCCAUAUCAUCCUCGGCGGAAAGAUCGGCACGAACCUGCAGGCAAACAACUGUCCUACUUCCGGAUCUGGAGGCAACAACUGCUUCGCGGCCUUCCUCGCGCUGCACCUGACCCCGUCUUCGAGUGCCUACCUUGAGGGCCUGUGGGUAUGGACCGCCGACCAUGAUUUGGACCAGGGCCCACAAAUCGACAUCUACACUGGGCGCGGGAUCAUGUCUGAGUCGCAAGGACCCGUCUGGAUGAUCGGAACAGCGAGCGAACACAACAUCCUGUACCAGUACUACCUCGUGAACGCGCAGAACCACUACAUGGGCCUGAUCCAAACCGAGACGCCGUACUUCCAGCCGAACCCUGUCCCGCCUGCCCCGUUCAUCCCGAACUCGGCGUACAAGGAUCCGUCGCUCGGGCCGGGCGCGGCGUGGGCCCUCACGGUGUCCAACUCGCAGAACAUCCUCGUCUUCGGCGCCGGGCUCUACAGCUUCUUCCAGAACUACGGGCAGGGGUGCUUGAACACGUUCAACUGCCAGCAGCAGAUUGUGAACAUCGACUCGGCGUCGACGGUCGCGAUCUACAGCCUCUCGACGGUCGCGUCGCAGUUCCAGAUCAGCGUCAACGGCCAGGGCGUCGUCCCGAACUCGGCGAACAGGGCCGGGUUCGCGCAGACGGUGACAUCGUGGACGCGGUCAUAG